ACUACCCUAUAGUAACCUCGCCCGUCAUUUCCAUAAACGACCAUCAGUUAUGCAGUUAGGCUACUCUGCUGCAUCCCACACCGCUGUCAAUAUGCGUGUUUUGUGGGGUGGAUUUAUCAUCUAUUUCAUUGCAAUUUAGAACAAUGGUCUGGCAUCCUUUUGCUAGGUAGAAGCAAGCUAAUAGGCUAUGAGUCAGAGAGCUAUCCGUUUGAACAAAAUGAUUAAACAUGGCAUUCGACAGAAUUUGCUAUGCCUUAGCACCAUCACAAACCAGUUGAGUGCUGAACAUAUUUGAAUGAGAGUGGGCUUAGGCGGCCAUGGACCUGUUCAGCCAGCUCAUCCUUGUCAUCUCGGUCACCAGUUUCCUCUCCUUCCAGUGGCUCUUCCACCGGGUCAGUCCCUGGGUCUCCACCCGUGUCAGCCCUGGCUUCUUACGCCUUGCAGACAAGCAGAAGGUGGAGUGGAACUCAAGGACAGUGUCCACGCUUCAUGCCCUUGUGGUGGGACUCUUCUGUCUCUACAUCCUGCUCUUUGAUGACGCCAUCAAUGAAGACCCCGUCUGGGGAGAUCCCACACUUGUGAAGAUAAAUGUUGGCGUGACAACAGGCUACCUCAUAUCUGAUCUGCUGCUAAUAUUUUACUAUUGGAAGGCGAUAGGCGACAAGUUUUUUGUAGUGCACCACCUGGCAGCGUUAUAUGCUUACUACUAUGUACUGGGACAUGGAAUGUUGCCUUAUUUUGCUAACUUCCGUCUGCUUGCAGAGUUCUCCACGCCGUGUGUCAACCAGCGCUGGUUCUUUGAAGUGUUAGGUUACUCCAAGUCCUCCAGGCCCAACAUCGCUAAUGGGAUGGCCAUGGCCGUUGUCUUCUUCCUGGUUCGCAUUGCCGUCAUGCCCCUCUACUACAGCCGCAUGUGGUUCGUGUAUGGCACCGAAGCCUUCUACCGCGUCCCGCCGGAAGGCCGCGCUGCCUGGAUCAUCUCCAGCAUCUGUCUGGAUGUCAUGAACGUCAUGUGGAUGCACAAGAUUGCCCGCGGCUGCUACAAGGUUAUGCGCUCGGCCCGACGACACAAAGUGGGGACACAGGAGAACGGAAAGGCUGAAUAAAAAGCAAGAGGAUGGUGGAUGUUAUGGCUCUAUCUCAUUCACUCUCAAGGAGUCACUCUGAAACUGACCCAAUGCUGAAGAAGACCUACCGUAUAUAUCCUUGCUCAAAUGGAAUAAGGCCUCUCUCCACUCCAUGGGAAAAAGGGAAAGUUAAAGAGGAAAUGGAUGAAUCCAUUCCUUAUAUUUGCCCAGCUGAGUUACAGAUUUUGGGGGAUUUUGAGUUUAAAUAUACUUUUAAAAUAUUUUUGUUUUACUCAAAAAGAGGACGGCGUCGGUUCAUUUUGCUGGUAUCGUCAUAGGAAAUGGCGUGCUGCUUGCCUGAGAAAGAGGAUGUUGAAAGAGAACUUGAGAACGUGUCAGUUGAAGCGAUAGCGAAAUGCCUCGUGAGCAUUGUUAGCUGGAUUCUGACAUUCUUCUCAGAUUUGAUUUGCUCAGAUGUAAUACAUGAGCUUUUUGUCCUCAACAUUUCAAUAAUUUGAGAGUUUAAAUGCCAUAAUUUCAUAAUGUGUAUGGUCACAAGUUGUUUUUCUCUUUCGAAUUUACACACAUACUGUCUGUCAACAUACAUGCACUGUCAACCGGGGCAUGCUGUAAUUAACUUUCAGUACUGGGUCUCAGAUCAAUAUGAAACCAGAGUUUCCUCCAUUUUUGGAUGUGGGGCCAUUGAGACAAUAUUAUUGGAUGAGUAUGUCCCUUGUUCUAGGAUCUUGGGGUAAGGAACUUCUUCUGAACUGUCUCAAAUGUUAUUUAUUUUUUACCGGUUAUAUACUGGGGCAGCACGUCAAUGUUUGUACCUACAUAUAUUAUUUAAGGAGAUGUAUGACAGAGGUAUUGAUGAUGUACAUUUAUGAGGAAAAGCUUUCAUGAUACAGUGACAUGCAUUUAUAAUCAAUGUUAUAUACCUGCUUUCUCACUGAGCAGUUGAGUAUAGUGCGCACACACACACACACACACACAACAUACGUGUACAGUCUUUGGAAAAGAGGGUGUGUCGUACUACAUUAGUAUUUUACUGACUGAAUGACUAUUUAACACAAAGGAGAAUGAUGACAAAUGUUUGUGAGGAUAAGGAACUACUAGCAUUGUCCUCAUCCAAAUGAAAAGUAGACUUUUCAAAAACUUGUGUACUUGAAUUUUGACUGUACUUUCAUUUAUAUGGUGGACACAAAUAAGCAUAUUUUUAAUGGUCUGUGAAACAAAAUAGGGAACUCAAGUCAUCAUAUUUGGCCUUGUCAUGCUCUCCAGUCUUCUUUUGUGAUGGUUGCCUUUUUAAAAUCAGAUUUGAAUUGCACAGUGAGCUUUUGUUACGGCUUUUCCAAUGGAAUGUCCAAAAUAUGUUCUCUCUACAGUGUUUGUUUUGAUAAGCCCGCCUCAAUGUAAUUUCAACACAUGUUCAUUCUGAAAAGGAUCGCAUAAUUAUACACUAUUGUGUGGGGUGGAUUAUGGCAAUGAAUGUACAGUAAUCAACUAUUUCUCAGUGAAACGUGUGCCAGUAUAGAGCAGUGUUAACUGAAGCGCUAUACAUUUCCGUUGAACUAAACUGCACAAACCCUGACCAUGUUCUACUGUCGUCUCCUCUCCUUAUCAACUCUCCUCGAUGUUCACUGAUCUGAAAGGUUGGGGGGGGGGGGGAAUAUGGUUACGGAGGGAGGGAUUAUGGAAAGGAAGCUAUGGUAGAGUUUUGGUAUAUAGUCACAAUGAGACCGUCAGCCCUCAGUACUGUGUGUUGUGGCCAUACAGUCCGUCUAUGGUUGUGGCGGUAUGCUCAUGCAUGAUCAUGUUCCUCUCUUCACACACCCUCUAUAAAUGCAUGUGGUAUUGCAUGGAGAUCACUGUAAACAAAUAGCAAUUUUUAUUGCAAGCUGUAUUUUGUUUCUUGUUUUGAAAUCCAUGUACAUGAUGUCUAAACCCUAUUAGUAUUCUUCUGUACUUGUUGUUCAUGAUGUUAUCCAGCGAUGAUGAUUGUGAACAUGUGAAACAACUGUGGCUAACACCCAGCACAGAAAUAUCCAAUUAGGGAAAUUAUACUUGAUAAUAAUCAGCACAGUUGCAAUAUGGGCAGUGCAAAUAAACAUGAAUACCUUAAGUCUCGCAUUUUAUUGUAAUUGUGUAUUUCUUCAAGUAAUGGUCAUGUUUAUUAGUAAAAACCAAUAGAAAGUACACACCACUGGUGAUUGUACAAGAUAGGCUUUCAAAAAUACUAGUUCUCUCAUUUUUCAAGUUUUUACUGAAUGAAAGAUGGGGAAAUACAUCCUACAGAGAUGAUUUAGUGAACUGAGCCCUGAAUUGUUCCAAAAAAUGUUUGGGUGAUGGCUGUUGUUUACUUUUGUUGUUUGAUCUUUUACAAUACAUGUCAAAUCUGUGAAGAUAUGUGUUGCUUUUUAUGAUUUGAAUGUUUUUGUUUUUAUUACCAUGUUCCAAAUGUAAUGAAGAUAUGGGGUCCAAUGUUCACCCAAAGAGAGAAAUAUACUAGAAAACACUCAGCAGCAUCCCUGACCUGUUUGUGGAAAGGGAACGUUUACAUGUUGGCAAAAACAUGAACGUUUUAACAUUUUAAUUCACACUUGUUGUUCUUAAUUUUACACACCUGAUGCCAUUUGCCUGAGUAAAGCAAUAUGCAGCAUUUUAAGUGUCAAUAAAUAUUCUGAAUUUAA